AUGCCGCUACGGUUUCCUGAUUGGGAUCUAAACAAGAGUCUAUAUGGGGAAGUAGACUCACUCCCGCUCAUGGCUACACCUGGGCCAGUGUUGAUGAUUUUGGCACUCUAUUUGUUAUACGUUCUCAAAAUAGGACCAGCUCUCAUGACGAAACGAGAACCUUACAAAUUGACAACAGCUCUUUUACUGUACAAUGGCCUUCAGGUUGUAGGCUCAGUUUACUUAGUUCAAAUGAUACAAUUUGUGUGUAUAAUCAUACAUUACAUCAUAGCUGUACGCACCUCAGAUUGUCCACCAUCGAAGGGAGUCGCUACAUUCGUCGCAAGCAACACCGUUUUCUUCCUAAUACUUUUCCUCAAUUUCUACAGCCAAAGAUAUUUAAAGAAAUCUUUAGACCAGGAAAACAUCAGUGAUAAAUCAUACAAAAUGAAAUAG